AACACAAUCUCCAAAACCAUACUCAAAACUUUGUACUUUUAUCCUCUGUCUGAUACUUUAGAAGCAACAAUGAACCUAAACACGACAGGGAUCUUAUUAUUGAACCAACCGAAACAGAUCCUCAUAACUUUCGCUUCCUUAUCUUUCAUCAACAACAAGCUUACUUUGGGUUCCUCUAGAACCCAUUUUCAGAUGUCUCACCGGAUCUUCGGCAAAUCCUCUCGCCGUCCGGCGAACCGUUUCAUCGUCUCCAAUGCUGCUGCUUCUUCUCCUUCUCUCUCCGGCUCUCCAGAUCAAUAUUCUGAUGCUGGAGCCCAGAGAAAAGAGGAGAUGGAGACUGUAACAGAACAGGAUCCAAUGAACUUAGCUGAUCCCGACAGCUGUUUCUGUGAGUUUCAAGGUGUUCAUAUACACCACAAAGUCUUUGAUCCACAGACACUCUCUGAUGAAGAACCAAUCACAAGCGUCGACGCUCAAGGUACACAGAAACCCGAGUUUCCCAUGAUACUAUUGCACGGCUUCGGCGCUUCUGUCUUCUCUUGGAACAGAGUUAUGAAGCCUUUGGCUCGGCUUGUCCGCUCAAAAGUUCUCGCCUUUGAUAGACCUGCGUUUGGAUUGACUUCUCGGAUUCUUCACCCUUUCAGUGGUGGAACUAACAAUGACGCAAAGCCAUUUAAUCCCUACUCAAUGGUGUAUUCAGUCCUCACUACGCUGUAUUUCAUCGAUUUUCUUGCUACCGAGAAGGCGAUUCUCGUGGGUCAUUCUGCAGGUUGCCUUGUAGCUGUUGAUUCUUACUUUGAAGCUCCCGAGCGUGUUGCUGCACUCAUUCUCGUCGCUCCAGCUAUAUUCGCCCCACGCCCCGUGAACACAACUGGCUCUGGAGAUAACCGUGGCGAAAAAGGUAGCAAGAGCAAGUUUCUAGGGACUCUAGUUGAGUUGAGCAAAGUCAUUAUUGGAGCAAUUUCAAGAGUGUUAACGGGAAUGGCGAGUAUGCUGACUUCUCUCUACAAGAAAGCCUUAGCAGCUUUCCUCAGAUCCUCUCUUGGAGUAAUGCUGGUGAGGAUGGCAAUCAAUAAAUUCGGAGUAACAGCUGUUAGAAACGCAUGGUAUGACUCAAAACAAGUGACGGAUCACGUCGUUCAAGGUUAUACAAAGCCUCUAAGAGCCAAGGGAUGGGACAGAGCUCUUGUGGAAUUCACGGUCGCUACACUAACAGAUAAUAAUGGCUCAGAGAAGAAACCUCCAAUGUCGAAAAGGUUUCAAGAAAUCAAAUGCCCCGUUCUGAUUGUGACGGGAGAUACUGACCGGAUUGUGCCAGCAUGGAACGCGGAGAGGCUGUCACGAGCAAUACCGGGAUCGGUUUUCGAAGUGAUUAAGAAAUGUGGUCAUCUUCCUCAAGAGGAAAAGCCAGAUGAGUUCAUCUCUGUUGUUGCCAAGUUUCUAGGGGAUGUUUUCGGAGGGUCACAACAACAACAACAAGUGGACUUGAAGUUCCAAGGCAUUGUGUCAUAA